AUGGUUCACAUCGAUGUGAUUACAUUUCUCACAAAAUUUACGCAUACUCCAUUCGUCGAUCAGUUUUUUAUAGACAAUGAAGGCCCAGAAUACGACAUAAUAUCUAUGAUGGGAGUUGGUGCUGAGUUUGAUCAAAAUGGACUCGUUGCAUGCCAAAUAAACGUCGAGAUUCAUGCUUUCAACAACUUCAAGAAACGAUUUUCGCUUUUGCUAAAGAAGCUACUAAGUGAUCGACGGUACGCAAUUUUGAAAGCUUUUCCAGCCAUACAUCUUCGCACCUUUCUAAUGAACUUUGGUCACAGAAAAUGUGUCGAGAAGUAUAUAGCACAAUUUCUUACUUAA